AUGCUGAAGCGGCCACUAGACUCCGGAGGUCAGGCUGAGCCGGCACCGAGACGCGCUCGUCGUGUUGCCGCCGACUUCUCCCCGACCCCACCGGAUCACCUCGACUCGCUCGUACACGCUCUCGCAGAGCAUGCAGGGACUGGACAGUGUCCCCCUGCCUGGUCUUCGACGACAAACCUCCUCGCCAUCGCUCUCCCCGCCGACUCGGCACGAACCACCGCACUGCACCCGAUAUUUUCCUCUAAUCCUACUUCAGAUGCGGGUCCACAAACCCUCGUAUCUCUCGGCAUCCAUCUCUCCCAUCUCGAGUCGCGAGACGCGAAUACGCCUCGGACGAAUGUUCGACUAGACAUCCCUCUCCCGCCACUCCCACCGACUCCUCAGCUCAGCACCAACGUACAGCCCGAUAACCGUCGGAUAUCUCUCCUCUCCUGGUCACCCGAUUCGAGCCAACUCCUCGCAGUCGUCUCUUCGCCCUCACCUACCGCAUCCGAAGCCGACCUCCUCGCCCUCUUUGAGCACUCCGGCGCAUGCAUCGACGACGGAUGGAACCUCGUCCUCCUCGAAGCCGUCUCGCGCUUUGGCGCCCCCUUGCCAGCCACACCGCCGGGGAGGCAGAAGAAGGCCGUUGCGGUGCGAUGGGUCGGUGAACCGAGGCGGUGGUACCCUGCGCCUACGGGGUUGCAGACCGAGGGCGCGGGACCGCGGAGACCGCUGUACUGUGCGCCGCCGAGGAGCGCACCUCUCGAGGGGACGGCGUUUGUUUGCGUGCUUAGCAGCGAAGAGCUCCUUUUCGUUCAUCUUCCUCCGUCUCCCCGGCCGCCUCUCGCUUCGCCCACACCGCUUAUCACCUGCCUUCCUCUUUCACCCGCACCUACACCCUCGACAGCUCCCGAAUCAAAGUCGGAGGCUCCUGACUCAGCACAGUCGACAUCAUCUCUACUGCAAAGCCUCUCCGCACACGCUCUUCCGACACCUCUUACACCUCUUCCUCUUGCCGCCUCCCUCUCGCUCGCCCUCCCCAUUGACCCGACCGCUAUCGCGCUUCCCCAGAUCUCGCUCGUCCCGAAAGUCGAAACCGCCGCAACUCCAACCGGCGCGAUCGUCGACGCACUCGUCACCUCCCUCCUUCCCGCCACUGCUACCGCCACAGCAGCAGCGCCAGCAGCAACGACUAGCUCGCAAGCUCUUCAGCAAGAGCUGAUCGCGCAGCAGGGUCACGGUGGAUCGGCGGGAGACGUAGAGGUUGAGCGUGCGGCGAUUGGCGCGAGUAGGAGUCGCGGGACGGCAGAAGUUGGAGAGACGGUGUUUGUUGUUGCGUGGCGGCGGAAGAGGCGGAAGAGGGUGUCUCGGACUGUUGGGCGGGUGAAAGGUGUCGAGAAGGACGACGUGCAGCAGGUCAAGGACGAGGGGAUGCCGCCUCCUCCUGUGCCCGCGAAGGAGGAGAAGCAGAACGACUCGUCUACGAUGAUGCUCGACGACGACUUUUCGCUUCUUGCGGACUUUACGAGUCUCGACGAGGCGUUCGGAGACCCGGUUGCGGCACUUUCGUCGUCAGUCUCUGCGCCGGCUGCAGCGCCCGUCGCGGAGGAGACGAAGAAACAAGAGGGCGGCGAUGAGACGGAGGUGGAGAUGGAGGAGUGGGCGCGCGCGGUCGAGGAGGACGCGAAUCGAAGCGAGGAGGACAAGUGGGUCAUCGAGUUGAGUGAGGUCAGGGUCGAGAUGUGCGAUGCGGAUGGACCGCGCUUGACCGUCCGACCGCAACCACCGUUACAUGUCGACCCCUCUCCAGCAGCACCGAACGACGACAUUGUCCCCUCCGACCCUCUCCUCACCCAUCUCACUUUCCUCGGCGACGUCUCCCUCCCACACCCUCUCCAGCUCACCUCGCAUUCGCCCUCCCUAGCAGCAGACGGCAGCGAAGCCUCGAUCGACUUGUGCUUGCUCGUUGUCACCGCUCACCGGACACGAAGCGAAGCAGGCGAAGGUUGGACCAGCACGCUCAGCAGCUUCGCCCUCUCGAAAGACGAUCACUAUGUCCUCUCUGACGCCUUUCACGCGCUGGAACCUGCGCCGAACGGGACGACUCCGGCUUCGAACGAUGGCGAAGAUGGCGGAUCGUGGAAUGCGAGACCGGCUGCACGGGCGAUGGCGCCGGAAGGAGGAGUACUCGUUGGCGUCGAGAUUAGGCCGGGCGGAGGGGAGUGGGCGAGUGCGGUUGGAGCGGUCGCCGUGCCGAGGUUGUCGAGCGGGGAAGAAUCGAAGACUGAAGAUGGAGCGAGACGAGCGAUCGGCAGGAGCUGGGAGACGAAGAUUGUUCGGUUGAGCUCGGUCUUGCUCGAAGCGCUGGACAAGGGGGAGGACGACGCAACACCCUUCGUUCUUCCCGGCUCACAGCUCUACCCAACCCUCACCAUCUCCCCAAACGGCGCCCUCCUCUGCGCCUUCCCCUUCGCCUCCUCCUCAAUCCCCUCUCAACCUCUCAUCGCCGCCGCACCCUUGGGAUCCUCCUCAAACCUCGAGGAGAAGCUCGCAACGCGGCUGGCGAUUGCGAUUGCGCGGAUGGGCGACGCGGGUGACUUGGUUGGGCGGAUUAAGGGUUUGGGAAGUGCAGAAGCUGUCACAUCGGUUCUCUCACAAACACACGAGAUCUUGAGGACGAUGUUGCCCGCCGGGACGAUGCUCGAGUCGUCUGCUCUCGGCUUGGAGUUGCUCGGGAUCGCAUCCGCGCUCUUUCGCUCGCACGUGUCGCUGCACGAAGCGGCCGAGACGACCGACAUGGUCCUCGAGCUCGCUGCGUGUGCGCGUGCGCUACGAAAGGCGGAGAAGAAAGAGCGGAGCAACGGGAAAGGUUGGAAGCCUGACUCUGACGCGAUCUGGCCGCUCGUCGGCCACUGCGUCUGGUACUGCUCGACAUUCCUCGACUCUCUCGCCCGCGCCUGUCUCGCCUCCCCCACCUCUCCCGCACCUCAACUCCUCAUCCUCCUUCACCCCUUCCUCCGCACCCUCCUCAAAACCACGACCUCCUCGCUCCUCUCCUUCCAGUCCUACCUCUCGAGCGGGACAAUCGCGCCGGCUGAGAUCGGCUCGACGGCUGAAGCGGUGGAUCUGGCGAAGAGUGUGGUGGAGGAUGCGGUCGCGAGUGCGUUGGGAGGGAAGGGGCUGAAGGAGUGGGCGGGGGUGUUGGCGAAGAUCGAGGGAGAGAUGGACGGAGGCCCGCAGCUGUCGAAUAUCUCGCCGGCGCCUUUCGCGACCCUCUCGAUCCCGCCCUCGCUCGAACCGCAAGCAAUGGCCAUUCGCUCGACCCUCGCCUCGACCUUCCCAUCCUACGCCCACUCGAAGGAAGACGGCAACCACUCGGGUCCACCCACUCCGCCUCGCACACCUCAGCCUCGAUCUGCAGCGCUGAGGGAGUGGGAUAUUGCCCGCCGCGCCCGGCUCGCCUCCGUUGCGCCACAGGGGUCGAGGGAGUGCGUCAGGUGUGGUCGUAGGACGAGCGCGGUGGAGGGACUGCCAGGCGAAGCAGAGGUGGUCGGGAAAUGGCGACGGUACGAGAGCGAGUGGGAGGGACGGUGCGUCUGCGGCGGGAUGUGGCGGCGAGUGAGACUGUGA